AUGAUUCAAACUUCAAAGUUUUUGAGCCGUUACCGUCCCCUCCAAACACGCCAUUUCAAAUCAAAUCCUCCUCAUUUCUGUUCGGCCUCACUACAAACACCUGCUGCAAAUCCCUUCCAGUCUCUCUCCCACGCCUCCAUACUCCAACAAAUCAAACACCCAAACGCCCUCCAACAAGCCCACGCAAGCCUCAUUACCUCAGGCCGCGCACACAACGUCUUCCUCUCCAACCGCCUUAUGAACUGCUACUGCUCUUUUGGGCGGACGUUCGUAGCGGAACUGAUUUUCCAGCGAAUGCCGAAGAAAAAUGUGGUUUCUUGGACGAUUUUGAUAUCUGGGUUUUCUCAGAAUGGUCUUUAUGUUGAAGCCCUCCGGGUGUUUUGGGAAAUGAAUGGGGCCCACGUCACACCGAAUGCGGUUACUGUUGUUAGCGUCUUGCCCGCUUGCGCUCACCUGGGUCUGACCCGAAUUGGUCAGUCGAUCCAUGGAUUCUUGAUUCGUUGGCGAACCGAAGUCAAUGUGUGUACAGAGACUUCCCUUGUUGGAUUUUAUGCGAAAUGUGGGAAGUUGGGUGUUGCUCGGAGGGUUUUUGAGAAAAUGCUUGACAGGAAUGUCGUGUCAUGGAGUGCAAUUAUUUCGGGUUAUUCUGAAAACGGGUUCGGUGAGGAAGGUGUUUGGCUUUUUAAGAGGAUGCAAAGAAGUGGGUUUGCAGCUGAUUUCGUUACAGUCAUGGGUCUGUUAUCAGCGUGUUCGAGUUUGGGGUGUUUUUGGGUGGGGACUAUGGUCCAUAGUUUUAUGAUUAGAUGUGGAUUUGAGAAUGAUGGGCAUGUCAAGACGGCUACAAUGGAUAUGUAUGUGAGGUGUGGGCGUGUCGAAGAUGCAUAUCGGGUUUUUCGGGAGAAGAUGAUGAAGGAUGUGGUUACAUGGACAUUGAUGAUAUCGAGCUUCUCGGACAUUGGGUAUGGAAACAAGGCUAUGGAACUAUUUUAUGAAAUGAUGGAAGUAGGAGAAAUUGUGUUGGAUUCUGUUGCCUUGAUGGGUGUCCUUUCUUGUUGUAGUCGAUUGGGAGCUCUUCAGCAAGGCCGACGCAUUCAUGGGUUGGCAAAAAAAAUUGGUUUCACAGAUGAUAUUUUUGUGGGGACUGCACUUAUAGAUAUGUAUACAAACUGUGGGAGUUUGGAAAGUGCAAGGAGCUUCUUUGAUCAAAUGGUUGAAAAGGAUAUCAUAUGUUGGAAUGCCAUGAUCGCAGGCAAUGGGAUGAAUGGGCGUGGCACCGAUGCGAUAGAUCUCUUUUUGCGAAUGAAGAGAUCAGGUUCGAAGCCGAACGAGGCAACUUACGUGUGCGUGUUGUGUGCUUGUAGUCACUCAGGGCUGGUUGAUCAAGGGAUCUGCAUUUUCAAUAGCAUGGUCGAAGAGUCGGACAUGAUUCCUAAUUUGCAACAUUAUGCUUGCGCAGUCGAUCUUCUUGGUCGAGCUGGGCGUCUAGAUGAUGCUCACUUGCUUAUAAGUAACAUGCCUUUGCAGCCAAAUGCUAGUGUUUAUGGGGCAUUGCUUGGUGCUUGCAGAAACCAUGGAAAUAUAAGCUUGGGCUUAGAGAUUUCAGAAAAGCUUUUCGAGUUGGAUCCGAAGGAUGCCGGAUACUAUGUUUUGCUUGCAAACAUGUAUGCUCUUGCAGGAAAUUGGGAGGGUGUUAAGACGACCAGAGUAUCUUUGAGAUCAAAGGGGUUGAAAAAGGCCCCUGGAGUAAGCUUGAUUGAGAUAGACCGGAAGAUGCAUGCAUUUGUAUCUGGAGAUAGGGAGCACCCUCAAUACCACAAAAUAGAUGAGAUGCUCAAGGCCUUGAUUGCAAAAAUUGAACUAGCAGGCUAUGUUCCUGAUACCAAUAUCGUUUUUCAGGACGUCAUGGAGGAUGUGAAGAGAGACAUGCUUUAUCAUCAUAGUGAGAAGCUAGCCAUUGCUUUUGGGCUACUGAGAACUCAACCGGGAACAGCCAUGCGGAUAACAAAAAAUCUCCGAAUGUGUAACGAUUGCCAUAUGGCUAGCAAGUAUAUUUCCAAGGCUGUUGGAAGAGAGAUUGUUGUAAAGGACGCCAACCGCUUUCACUAUUUUCAGGAUGGGUUGUGUUCUUGUGGUGACUAUUGCUUGUUGGAGGAAAUUGGAGAAAGCCCAAAAAACAUAGAAAGCAAUGGAGGAGUCAGGCUCUGGAGCUACAAUUCAAAGAUCCCUCUUGCGAUAAGAUUCGAUAAUGGAUUUAAGAAUGAUGAGAUACAAAUUUGUCAAAUACCUAUCAUUGACCAUUAUCUAGCUUUGGUUCAUUUGCAUGAGCUUAAAGACUAUAGAGAUACCAUUCCUUUACAGAAGAAUGUGGGAGCAAUUGUGAGAAUUCUAUCUAUGAUGCAGAAAACAGCCGUGGGUUCUUGA